UUUUCAGGUAUUCCGAAUGCAGCCUUUUUUUUCAGUGCGAUAUCUACACACGAGAAAAAGAAGGGAAACGUACAAGAGGAAAGCGAGGAAAGCGAAGAAGAACCCGAACCAAGUCCUGUGCCAAGCACGUCUUCCCAACAAUGGCUUGAUGGCAGUCGAACUCGUGUCAAUAAAUUGCUUUGGCCAUCGCUGACCUAUUGGAUUGCACUCACGUCACUCAAUGGCGCCCCCGCAAAUCCCUUGGUGGUUCAUUGGACCCUGCUCGAGUGUGGAAUGGGUGUCACAGCAAAACAGGUAUGGGACGUAUUCUUGGCAAGUUAAGCUUACUAAUAGAUACUUUUAUAAUUGAGCAGAUUUAUUCCGUACAACUUAUGUAAUACCUUACAGCUGAUAGAAAGAUCAGAGUCAAGCUGUUACGGGAAUGAGUUACGAAUUAUACGACAUAGUUAGCGAUGACAAUUCCAAAAAAAAUCUGUUCACUAAAUUUGAGUUUCUACUUUACCAGGUGCAAUUUCAAGAUGGAAAGAGUGUAUUGCCAUUCGAGAACUGUACAAUCUACUCAAAGACCAUAAAAAUCCCUAUAUGCAAGACCUCGUGACAGCAUCAUACGAGCACAAUUAUCGCGAGGAAUUAUCAAGCUUACUCGCAACAUCGCAACCACAAGAAUUGGAAGGCUGUGGGACAGAAAAUGUCGUUCGUGUCACUAUCGUGAAGCCAAGUUUUCAACAGCCAUUAUCAAACGCUCUGGAAAAGAUCAUGGAAGCUAAGCUACAAAUUGACAAGUUUGGCUUUACACGCGAC